GCCAUCUUGUGCAGCCUCCCUCAGGCGGGGUCAGGUACAACUUCAUAUGAAGACCACUUUCAUUAUAACAUCAUUGUUACGUUCCCCAGAAAUUCCGUUGUUCUUUUGUUAUGCCGGUCACGUUCGGUGCCGUAGGCGACAUCAUCUCCGUCGUUUUGCUUGUGAAAGAUCUAGUCGCAGCGCUCGACGAGGCUCGUGGCUCCAAAGCCGAGUAUCAGGCCGCCGUACGCGAGCUUUGGACUCUCGACCGCACGCUCCUCGAAAUUGAUCUGCUUACUAGACAGCAUGGGGAUGGGGCUACGCCUGAGUUACGAAGUCUCUGCGAAACAGCGAAGCAAGCCGUAGCUAGAUGCAAUGACCGCGUCAGCGCCUACAAGAAGCGCAUCCAGGGAUACCAGCGCACUUUUGAAGUCGGCAAAGUGAACAGGGUCAGAGAGAUUGGAAGAGCGAUUGGUUGGAGGACUGGAGAGAAGGAAGCGCUGGAGCAGUUUCGCGCAGAGAUCGCGGGGACUACAUCAAGCCUCCAGAUGUUGUUGAUCACGGCAAAUGUCACGUUACUUGGAGUGAGUCGGAAAGAGAUGAACGACAAGCUUGACGAAGCAAAGCGCAGGAGCGACACCGUCACGCUGUCGAACGAUGCAUCACUCAUCGAAAUUAAAGACGGCAUCGAGAAUGCUAACCGUAAUAUCGAAGCUGCGAACUCAGUAUUGGGGAAUUUAUCCGAAGCACUCAAGUUGGAUUGGCUCCGACAGCUUGGUUCUGAGCUCAAAGGCAUGAUACGGGGCGCGAUGACGAUCAACUUUGCGACUUACCGUGCUGUUAUGCGUCUGCAGACUUCACUCCCCAGCAGCCUAGAGCGAAGCAUGUUCGAAGAGCCGAUAAUACUGGACGAUCCCAUGGGUCGUAUUGCGCCUGUCCAUUUGCAAUUCAUCACCUCUUGGGAUGCUUUCCACUCUGUACUUGAGCUGCGUUUCCAGGACAUGCCAGGCCAGAUUAAGAUUGGACAAAGGCAAUACGCCUUACAAGCCAGCGGUACGGGAAGAGAGAUCGAGUUGUCGCGUCCAUGGCACGCUGCGUUUAUACCCGGUCAGCGAAUUGACAUGAGCAUCAUCUUCAGUCAGGAUGAUGCUAGCGAGAUCAGUAGCACUACCUGUCCAGGUUGCUUGACUCAAUCGAAGAAUUCCAGCGAUGCUGAGAUAGAAUGCACAAAUUGUCAGAUCCGGUUCCGGAGGAUCACCGUGAUUCAGGAUGACGAAUCCCCGCUACAAGAAGAUCAACAUACUCGAGAGCCCAUCUUGCGAUCAGAAGCCACGGACGUCGGUAGUCAAGAACGGACUUUUUAUGAGCUUGCUGAGCGCGAGGAAGAGGACGUGAGAAGCUUCAAACGAGUGCGACUCAUCUCCAAAAGAAAGCGUGCUGGUAGGCUUGGACUCUUUUCGCCUAGGAUAGCUGAGGUGGAGGCACAAAAGCUCCAGAGGAAUCGAGAUUUGGAUAAACGUAUGGAUCUAUGUGGAAUACUAGAUGGACGUUUCCCGCACCGUCGAUCGCGAAGAUGGAACAAAGUCUCCAAGAGUUACCCUAUUCUUUACGGCAUUGGCAUUUUCAAAUAUGAACUUGAUCGCCCGUCUUCAAAAUUUGCUAGAGAGAGCGUCUUGUAUGGCUAUCACUGAGGCGAAGAAGCAAGAAGACGCCGAGAAGACACCUCAGUUGGAACGAUUUAUAGUCGCUCAGAACGAAGAGCGACUCUAGCGUGAGUGAAGUAUGAACAGCGGUAUGAGAGAGAGGCAUCAUGUGUUCAAACCGUAAGAACAAGAA